GUCACAUAUGUCUACUGAUCUAUCCUCAGCACAUUUUUAAGGUGAUCAUUUGCUUUUUGUUGUGUUUUCAAUUUUACUAUCACGCCACCACUACCCAAGGAUGAGCUCCCCUUCGGGGGUACAGCUGGUCCCACAUGGAAAAAAUGUCUUGGUGUACAGAAAUGGGGAUCCUUUCCACAACGGCCGCAGGAUGGUGGUCAAUGUAAGGCAAUUUGUGACUUUUGAGGCCUUCUUAAAUGAGGUAACUUCGAGUAUCCAGGCCCCGACUGCUGUGCGAAGCAUCUACACCCCACGCAAUGGGCACCGCGUGACACAGCUCAGCGACCUCAUGAAUCGGGGGCAGUAUGUGGCUGCGGGAACUGAAAAAUUCCGAAAGCUUGACUACCUUCACACUGAGGUUAAGCCACCUGCGACCAAUAAAGCCAAAGACAUUCAACAAGUAAGUUCAAAAAAUGUAUUCUUUUUGUGUCGCUGGAGGGAGGAAUCUCACCUUCCCUGUAUCAUUCAUGUAUUCCGUAAUGGUGAUCUUCUGACGCCUCCCAUUCGUGUUCUUAUACCACCAAGUAUUCUGAAAGAAUGGGAGCUGGUUUUAACCCUACUCACUGAAAAGGCCAACCUGUACAGAGGAGCUGUAAGAAGGAUCUGCACGCUAGAUGGAGUCUCUAUUUCAUUUGGAGCUGAGCUGGUAUCUGGUGAAUAUUAUGUUGCCGUUGGAUCAGAGAGGUUUAAAUGCCUUCCCUAUGAGGAACUUCUAACACCACCCGGAGGAAACAAUCGUGUUGGUGUUAAACGCAGAAUUCCUAAAGUUGUGACUGUCAAGAACUAUAGUGUGUCACAUGAUGGAGUUAGUGACUCUGGCCUUAAUGGCGCUCAAGGAGAUGGGCGAAGAGUCCAUUCCACUGGUACAGUACCAAAUUCUUCCAGUAUCAAAUACCCCAAAAAAGAGGAGGAAUCUGUCUUUUAUGCGAAACCAGUGCGGGUACGUCCAACCAAGAAAGACAGACACAACAACAAUGAAACUGGGGAUGAAGGAGGGGUAUUUAAAGUAAAGGAAGUACGACGUGAGCUUUAUGGAGCCCAAGAAGUAAAGGAAGAUUCAUAUACACAUGUGGAAGUCCCGGUAGAUCAGAGAGAAGCAGAGAUUGUGCAGGAAGAAAACGUUUCUCAAAAGAAGGGAGGUCAUCGCUAAGAGGAUUGUAAGAUUCUUUACCUGUAAUAUAGUCAGCAUCUUAUGUGAACAGGUUAAUGUACACAU